AUGGCACCGUUCGAAGGGUUUGAUGUCGAGACGUAUGCGGCUAAAUACAGUGGACGUAAUCGUACUGAACGUCUUUUAUUCCUUGUAAAGACGUGUCCAGAGUUACAGACUGAGGCAAAGCGUGCAUUACUUCGAGAGCUUAAGGAAGGACUGAAUAUGGAACUUUAUGCUGAAAUUCUAGGUGAAAAGGUUCAUGAAGAGACUGUUUUUAUUGAUACUAUCAAGCAUAAAGCGUUUCAACAGCAUGAAAAACUCGAGCAAGAACUUAAUUCGUACAAGUCGACAAUGAUUAAGGAAAGCAUCCGGAUGGGUCAUAAUGAUUUAGGUGAAUUUUACUUCAAGUCAGGAGAUUUAUCUGCUGCAUUAAAGAGUUUUGCUCAAGCACGGGAUUAUUGUACGACGGAUAAACACAUUAUUGAAAUGUGUCUAAACGUGAGUAAAGUGGCAUUACACAUGCGUAAUUUUGCACACGUGACCAAUUAUUUAAUCAAGUUGGAGCAAGUCAGCAGUGCUCAAAGUGAUCCUGUGUUAAAGUCGAAGAUUGCAUCAGCUUUUGGACUUGUUGCUCUUCAUGAGAAAAACUACCAUGCUGCUGCUUCCAAAUUUAUUGCGUGCAGCGCUGAGAUUGGCGCGAGUUACAACGAGGUGCUGCAUGCAGAAGACAUUGCGCUCUAUGGUGGCAUUUGUGCUCUAGCGUCGUUCAAGCGUGAAGAACUGAAGGAAAACGUAAUCAACAACUCGUCGUUCAAAGCUUUCUUGGAGCUGCUGCCGUGGCUGCGUGAGCUCAUUACCGACUUCUACUCCAGCAACUACGCUUCAUGUCUGCAGACGUUGGAGCAUAUAAAGCCUGAGCUCAAGCUGGACCUAUAUCUCUGUGAGCACGUCGAUACGUUGUGUAAAGAGAUUCGCAGUCGCGGAAUCAUCCAGUACUUCUACCCAUAUCUAUCUGUGGACUUGCAUCAGAUGGCACGUACGUUCAACACGCCAACAGAUGACCUCGAGAACAAGAUCUGCGAGCUGAUUGCUGCGGAACGUCUCCAUGCGCGAAUGGAUUCUUACCAAAAGGUGUUGUAUGCGUAUCACCCGAAUCAGCGCGCUGCUACUUACGAGCGCGUGUUUGAAGUGGGUCGCAAGUAUGCUGCUGAGUCACGCAACUUGCUUUUGCGCAUGAGCCUGCUCAAGAACAACAUCAUUAUUUGCGACACGUAA